ACCUGUUGCUGUUCCCUCUUCGCAGCCGCAAUUACUCUUUCGGUGAAGAGGUUGCAGCAGCCAACGCCAGUAACAGCCUUUCACGCGCCUCCUUCCUCUUCGAUACGCUGUCGUUUUGCUUCUACUGCUAUUGUUAGAUAAGCAUAGUGCUUCGAACUUCCUUCUUCUUUGAGUCACCCACUUAGCUUCUGCAGACUUCAUCGCUUUGGUUUUAAGAGAACAUGGGAAGGGUUGUGGUAACUGACAAAGAAGAGUUUGGUGACAUGGAGAAUGGUGAUUUCAGUGAUUCCCAGUUAAUUAGUCACGUCAAAGAUGUCCUUGCUGCAGUCACGUUGGGUGAUAGAGAGAAUUACGAUGAACUUGUUGGUUAUUUGCACCCGAAAAAGAAACUUAAUCCUGAUGAGGUUGCUUACCUUGUGACAACUUUGAAGGCACUUUCUGGAGCAGUGUCCUCUAUCGAUUCUGUUCAUCAUGAAGCUCUUCUUUUUGCUGUGUCAAGAAUGAGCUUGUGGAAUUAUGGAACUGAUGUUAUGGAUGCGCUGCUGGAGCUCAUUGUAUCAUUGGCUGCUUCCAAUGGAAAAUAUAUUGACUGGUGUUUGGAGAUGCUUGUGAAGCAUUUUGUGCCACCUUAUUACCUCUUAGAUCUUCUGAAGCAGGAGAAUGGAAUUGACAGGAAAAAUAAAGUUCUGUCACGAGUGCACGCUGCUUUGGAAGAGAUAGCUGAUUUGGUGCCCCUUGCUCCCUUGCGACUAUCUCCAAUAGUUGUCCAGAAAAUGCCAAGUGUCUUCAGUAAGGAAACUGAGAUUGUUAUGUAUGUGGAGAAUAUGUUGAGGCUGGAGAGUGGUGCAAUUGGAGAAACUGUUGGUUCUACAAUGCUGCCUGCACUUGUGGAUAGGUUGAUAGAGUUGGAUGUGGAAAUUGGAUGGGAUGGAAUCCUGAUGGAAGAUGCCAAAGGCAUAUUUGAAAUGGAGUUAGAUGAUGAUACUGAAUUUGCAGAUGAGGAUGAGAAACGUGAUAGUAUGGCUCCUGCAGAGUUGAAAUAUAGGAAAAGUUUGCAAGGAAACCUGGUUGUUGAAAAAUUGGAUAGCCUAAUGGUGCUGACUUUUGUGCACCUUGAAUCCUGUCAAAGCAGUGGCCGCUUGGCUGGGGUAUUCAAUGUUCUGCUGACAUCAUUUCAAAGAACUGUAUUAAAUGCAUACAAGUCAAAAUUUACCCAGUUUGUGAUGUUCUAUGCAUGUGCAUUGGAUCCUGAAGGAUGUGGUGUGAAAUUUGCCAUGAUUCUUACAGAGAUGUUUGAAUGUGAUGUUAACCCCCCUAUUACCAGAAUGAGUGCUGUUGCUUAUCUGGCUAGUUAUCUGUCUCGUGCAAGGUUUCUUUCAGCUGCAUUGGUUGCCAGCAUCAUACAAAGAUUGGUCAGUUGGUGUUUUGACUAUUGCAAGUUGCAUGAUUUUGAUAUGAAUCCACGAGCACAUCAAGUUUUUUAUUCUGGGUGCCAGGCCAUCAUGUAUAUUCUGUGUUUUCGCAUGAGGUCUGUGAUGGAUACACCAAGGCUUAAAUUGCAGCUUCUCAAUAUGCCCAUGGAAGCAAUCUGGAAACAUAAAUUGAGUCCCUUGAAGGUGUGUUUGCCUACUGUAGUGGAAGAGUAUCUUAGACAGGCAAAGGCUGCUAAACUUUUCAUGGCAUCUGAGUCAUUUGUUUUCAAUGAUGUACUCGAGUCUGAUCUUUCCAGGGCUUUUGGUGGGAUGGAUAGACUUGACAUGUUCUUCCCAUUUGAUCCAUGUUUAUUGAAGAAAAGUGAAAGCUACAUAAGGCCAUUUUUUGUACGCUGGUCUAAAGUCAGAACUACAUACGAUAGUGAUGACAAUGAUGAAGUCAGUGACAGUGGCAGCGAAGUAUCAGAUGAUGAUUUUAUUGACAGGAAUGCAAAGGAUAUGAUUGAUGAUGACAUGAUGGUGAGCGUAGAAGUAGGUCUUGGUUUUAAUCCUGACUUGAACAAAAUGUCUAUCACACCCAAACAAUCUUUAACAUACGAGACACAAUUGGAACGUUGUACGCGAAUGCCAGCAAGAAUCAGACCAUCCACUAGUCCAGAGUCUUUGUAAUACCUAUCUGCUUGUUAUUCCUUUAUAUGAUAGGAAAACUGUCAAUUUUGCAUUGUUUUUUAGGCCAGGAGGUACACUUCAGAGGAUUUAGUGUGGAAUUACAACAUUAACGGUUGAGAUUUUGAUAAAAUGCAUGCAUUUGCAUGACAAUUACUCAGUCAAAAUCUUAACCGUUGGGUGAAAUAAUUUUGUACUUUAUCCAUUGAAGUGCAUUUCACUUUGGAAGUGUCAAGUGCCUAAUGUUCUUAUGUCGUUUUUGUCUUCCCUCUGUACCGUCUGUUGAACAAAGUAGGACCAGCCAACCCUAAGAUUUGUUUCCUUCUCUAUCUUGUAAUUAUAAUUUAUAUUAUACAAAUUUUGAAUGAAUUAUAGAAUGAAUUUUUGUUGAGUU